ACUCCACUUCACGUGCAGCGGUAGUAGUGUGAACAGUGUCUUAGCAAAUGUAGUAUUCACUAUACGCAAACACGUGAAUUAACAAAAACUGCAGUGAUUUAUCAUCACAGAAAUGGCGCGUUAAAUUUAUUUAUUCCAUUGAUCUACGGUUCACAUGCUAAUAAAUAUUUUAUAUUUAUUAAAUAUGCGAUAUAUUUUAAUAUUUAAAUUCAUCAACAAAAACGUUUAAUUUAACCGCGGUGACUCAUUAGAUCAUAAGAAUUACAUCAGUUGUUAAGAAGAAUGGCAGUGUUAAAAAUUGGUGUUUUUACCGUGUGCUUGUUGUAUUUUGGCCCGGUUUUUGCUAUUGAGGAUUAUUGUUCGUCGAAUACUUACAGUACCAAUGAAACUCACAUGCAGUUCACGAAAGAACCAAGUUCGGAAGAAUUUGCGAUUGCUGGAAAAUUCAAAGGACUGCAUUGCUGUGCCAAAGGAUAUAGGAGCAUCGAAUGGUACAAAGAUGGCAAACCUUAUCCAUGGCCUUUAAUGGUAUCACAGUUAAUCCUGUAUCCUGAAAGUGCCAAUCAAACGGUAUAUACGCAAUCCGUUACGGAAGCGGACGCUGGGAAUUACACUUGUGUUCUGAAGAAUGAUUCCAUAGCUCAUUCUCAUACAAUUCAACUAAAAGUCUUCGAAAAAAUUCCCGAUGACCCAAAAAUCACCUACGUAUCUCAAGACUCUCGAGUACGUUUGGGACAAAACCUCAGACUGUUCUGCGAAGCAUUUGCCGGACGAGUGGAUCUACCAGAUGCACACAAUGAGGUAGUGUGGCGCAAGUCAGGACAUAAUGGUACUCUUGAUGAUGAACCUCGGGUGCGACAGGAAAAAAUUUCCAGAGAGGAUGGCCAAACCUUUGGUACCUAUUUGAUAAUUGACAACCUUAGAAGAGAAGAUUAUGGGGAAUAUAUUUGUAAAAUCACCAAGCCAGGGAAGAGUAUUGAACAACGAGUAUACGUCGCAGAAAAAAGCGAAGUGAAAUAUUUAAAUCCUAAUCCAGUUCCUGUAACGAAACUCAUACUUUGUAUGUCUGCAAUUUUCUUCCUUUGCUUGGCGGCUGUCAUUCUUAAUCUCCAAUAUGGUUUACCUCUCAGGGUACGAUUUAAGGAUUCCUUUGGAAUAGUAGAAGAGAAUGACGGAAAAGCGAACGACGUUCUCAUUUUAUAUUCUUCAAAGGAUAGCGAGAUCGCAUUAGGAGUUCUCAUGCCAACUUUACAGACGAAAUUUAAUUACAAAUGUGUUUCACGAGAAUUUCCUCUUAACUUAAAUUAUUGGUUCGGAGAACUGCAAGAUGAAGCUCUGAAAAGUCGCAGGAUCAUAGCUUUAUUAUCACCGCCCGUUUUAAAUGAUACUUGGACUACGGCUGGAAUUUAUCAAGCAAUUAAGCAAUUACAAGCAUUAGGGCCUAAGUUAAUUUGUGUAACGUUGAAAGAACUGCCGAAGUGUGAGAACGAAACGAAGAAUUCGCAAGGGGAAACUCUGAGUUCUUUAACGCGAACGAUCAAUGUCAUUGUUUGGGAAAGAGCAAAAGAUGAUAAAUUUUGGCUGGCUUUGCGUUUGAGGUUGCCACCAAAAAGGCGUAAUGAUCGACUGGUAGAAUGUAGAAAUCAAUCACAGGGUAUAAAUGAUUCAAGACUGACCAGUGACUCUGAUGAGAGUUUCGAAAAUUUUGUGUAAAUAAUUUAUUAAUAAUUUAAAGUUGUGUUGUACUUUAGUAUUAUUAUUGUUCCAAUAAAAUUAUAACUUUAAUGUAUGCUUAAAGAGUAUUAUUGUGAUUUUUACGAUACGUUGUUUUAUUUUGUAUUUUUUUAUGUAAAAUAAUAAACGUCUAAGAUUCAAA